GCUCCGCGCAUGCGCUUUCCUCUGAUAUUCUCCUGGGCUGGCUACUCCUCCCGGUUUCUCCUGCGCCAAACAAAUUGGUCCUUUCAAAUAAAAACCAUAUAUAUUGUUUUAUUAUUCACCGAUGAAGUAUGGCAUUUAAUUUUGGAAAGAUCCUCAUCGGUAUUUAUGUGGAAAUUAAACGAAGCGAUGGACGAAUACACCAAGCAAUGGUCACAUCUCUGAACGAGGACAAUGACAGCGUCACCGUGGAGUGGAUUGAGAACGCUGACACCAAGGGGAAAGAGAUCGACUUGGAGAGCAUAUUUUCACUUAAUCCAGAUUUGGCCCCAGAGGAGGAUACAGCCCCAAGCCCAGAAACCCCUCCUCCGCCCAGCCAGAGUUCAGUCAAGGUUAAUAAGAUACCCAAGAAUCGACGAACGAUAGCUCCUCCUAAGAAUGAAGUUCCUAAAGACAACCGAGUCGGGACGACCCGGGCCCGGCCAACCCCUCCUCAGGAAUCUGCCCCCCCGCCCCCGGCGAUGCCCCCGCCCCAGCAGCAGACCCUGCAGCAGCAGCAGAACGCCCGCAGGAAAUCUAACUGCGUGAAGGAGGUGGAGAAGCUUCAGGAGAAGAGAGAGAGGAGGCGCCUGCAGCAGCAGGAGCUGAGGGAGAAGAGAGCACAGGACGUGGACGCCACAAACCCCAACUCUGAGAUCAUGUACAUGAUCCGGGACUUCAGAGCAAGCCUCGACUACCGGCCUUUAACCACUGCUGAUCUGAUUGAGGAGCACAGGAUAUGCGUGUGUGUCAGAAAACGCCCUCUGAAUAAAAAAGAGCUGGCCAUGAAGGACCUUGAUGUGAUCACCAUCCCCAGUAAAGACGUGGUCAUGGUCCACGAGCCCAAACAGAAGGUGGACCUCACCAGGUACCUGGAGAACCAGACCUUCCGAUUCGACUACGCCUUCGACGACUCCACCACCAAUGAAAUGGUUUACAGGUUCACCGCCCGGCCGCUGGUGGAGACCAUAUUUGAGCGGGGAAUGGCCACCUGCUUCGCUUACGGACAGACAGGGAGCGGCAAAACGCACACAAUGGGGGGAGAUUUUUCUGGGAAGAACCAGGACUGUUCUAAAGGAGUCUACGCAUUAGCUGCUCGGGAUGUUUUCCUCAUGUUGAAGAAGCCAAACUACAAGAAGUUAGAUCUGCAGGUGUAUGCAACCUUCUUUGAAAUCUACAGUGGAAAGGUGUUCGACCUGCUGAACCGGAAGGCCAAGCUGCGGGUUCUGGAGGACGGGAAGCAGCAGGUCCAGGUCGUGGGGCUGCAGGAGCGAGAGGUCAAAUGCACAGAGGACGUCCUGAAGCUCAUCGAAGUAGGAAACAGCUGCAGAACGUCGGGCCAGACCUCGGCCAACGCGCACUCGUCCCGCAGCCACGCCGUGUUCCAGAUCAUUCUGCGGAGGAAGGGGAAGAUGCACGGGAAGUUCUCGCUCAUCGACCUGGCGGGGAACGAGCGCGGGGCCGACACCUCCAGCGCCGACCGCCAGACCCGCCUGGAGGGCGCCGAGAUCAACAAGAGCCUGCUGGCGCUCAAGGAGUGUAUCCGAGCCCUGGGCCGAAACAAGCCUCACACGCCCUUUAGAGCCAGCAAGCUCACCCAGGUCCUGCGUGACUCCUUCAUCGGAGAGAACUCCAGAACCUGUAUGAUUGCCACCAUCUCCCCUGGAAUGGCAUCAUGUGAGAACACGCUAAACACGCUGAGAUACGCUAACAGGGUAAAGGAGUUUGGAAUAAGUCCGUCGGACAUUCCCUUCUCCCAGAGCGCGGGCGGCCGCUCUGACCUGUCGCCCACCUAUGAGUACGAUGACUUUGCCACCUCGCCCAGCAGAGUGAAGGAGCUCACGGUGGACCCCAGCGUGGUCCUGGAUGGGCGUGCCAACAUCCACGGCAUGACCCAGCUGGACGUGCUGGAGGCCCAGUGGGGGAUGGGCAGCUCCCCACAGCGCGACGACCUGAAGCUGCUCUGUGAACAGAACGAAGAGGAAGUCUCCCCGCAGCUCUUCACCUUCCACGAGGCCGUGUCUCAGCUGGUGGAGAUGGAGGAGCAGGUGCUGGAGGACCACAGGGCCGUCUUUCAGGAGUCCAUACGCUGGCUGGAGGAUGAGAAGGUUCUGCUGGAGAUGACUGAGGAGGUGGAUUAUGACGUGGAGUCCUACGCCACACAACUGGAGCAAAUACUGGAUCAGAAGAUCGAGAUCCUCACCGAGCUGAGAGAUAAAGUGAAGUCGUUUCGUUCUACGCUCCAGGAAGAGGAACAGGCCAGCAAGCAGAUCAACCCCAAACGGCCUCGUGCCCUUUAAGCCCGGCGGUCCGGUGGGUAAACGGCCACUAAACCCUUUAAUACCGGCCGACCAAACCAGGCCACACCACAAACUCUCUUCAGAGACUAUUCCCAUCCACAAGAUAUUUUUGUGUUGUAUAUGAGAGACCCCCCCCAUGGUGUUGAAAAAGUGUUUUUCACCUCUCCCCCCCUGCCUCCACUCCUAUAUAUACAUUCAGUAAAAAAAAAAGACUAGAAUUCCACUUCUGGUAACCUGUGUUGAACUUGUAAUGGUUUUAUCACGAGACGUUGGUCGGGCAGGUUUUGAAAAAAUGUAUGCAUGCACAAACCAGCCGAUUGUAAUUAACCAUCCCUAUCAGGGUUGGAAUUUAUUCCAUUUUUAGGGAGUUCAGUGAAUUAAAAUUCAGUUUUUGGACUGAAAAAAAUUGUGGUAUGAGGAACUGAAUUUCGGUGAAUUCAGUCGAACCCCUGAUCUCCAUAGACAUGACCGUGUCACCUGUCCAUGCUGUAAAUAGCCGUUUCUUUAGAGCAAAGCUGCCCUUUAUGAAGACACUUUAUAAACGGCCAACUGUCUGAAUAAAGCAGCGUUAAUUGCCCGUGUACAA